CCAGUGCCUGUCAGGAUGACUGGGUGGGCUCAGAGGUUCCUGGGAGGGGUGCGAUUCCAGAGGCCUCUUAGAGGGGUCAGCAAUCUCCCUUCACAGGCCUUGCUUGGCACAGAGGCAUCUAUCUCAGUGAACAUCGUCCUCAGUGGCCGGCUCAGCAGUGCAGUUCCUGCGUUAGGUGAGGCCAGCACUUCUCAGCCUCCUCUCCUGACAGCUGCCUGCAGUGGGAAACUGGAGCAGCACACCGAGCGGCGUGGUGUCAUUUACAGCCCAGCCUGGCCCCUCAACUACCCGCCGGGCACCAACUGCAGCUGGUACAUCCAGGGCGACCGUGGGGAUAUGAUCACCAUCAGUCCUGUCCACCCCUGCAGCUUCCGCAACUUUGACGUGGAGGAGUCCCACCAGUGCUCCCUGGACUGGCUCAUGCUGGGCCCAGCGGCCCCUCCCCGCCAGGAGGCCUUCCGGCUCUGCGGCUCUGCCAUUCCGCCCGCCUUCAUCUCCGCCCGGGACCACGUCUGGAUCUUCUUCCACUCUGAUGCCUCCAGCUCCGGCCAGGCCCAGGGCUUCCGUCUCUCAUACAUCCGAGGGAAGCUGGGACAGGCAUCCUGCCAGUCCGACGAGUUCCGCUGUGACAACGGCAAGUGCCUGCCGGGCCCAUGGCAGUGCAAUACCGUGGAUGAGUGUGGCGACGGCUCCGAUGAGGGCAACUGCUCGGCGCCUGCCUCUGAGCCACCGGGGAGCCUGUGCCCUGGGGGCACUUUUCCCUGCAGCGGGGCACGGUCCACACGCUGCCUGCCUGCAGAGCGGCGCUGCGACGGCACGCAGGACUGCGGCGAUGGCUCGGAUGAGGCCGGCUGCCCCGAUCUGGCAUGUGGCCGGCGGCUGGGCAGCUUCUACGGCUCCUUCGCCUCUCCAGACCUGUUUGGCGCAGCCCGAGGGCCCUCGGACCUUCACUGCACAUGGCUGGUAGACACACAGGACCCGCGACGUGUGCUGCUGCAGCUGGAGCUGCGGCUGGGUUAUGACGACUACGUGCAGGUGUACGAGGGCCUGGGCGAGCGUGGGGACCGCCUGCUGCAGACUCUGUCCUACCGCAGCAACCACCGGCCUGUGAGCCUCGAGGCUGCCCAGGGCCGCCUCACUGUGGCCUACCAUGCCCGAGCCCGCAGUGCCGGCCACGGUUUCAACGCCACCUACCAGGUGAAGGGCUACUGCCUCCCGUGGGAGCAGCCAUGUGGGAGCAGCAGCGAGGGUGACAUGAGUGACACGGGUGAGCAGGGCUGCUUCUCGGAGCCACAGCGCUGCGAUGGCUGGUGGCACUGUGCCAGUGGCCGAGAUGAGCAGGGCUGCCCUGCCUGCCCACCUGACCAGUACCCCUGUGAGGGUGGCAGCGGCCUGUGCUACACACCCGCUGACCGCUGCAACAACCAGAAAAGCUGCCCUGAUGGUGCCGACGAGAAGAACUGUUUCUCCUGCCAGCCUGGGACCUUCCACUGUGGCACCAACCUGUGCAUCUUUGAGACGUGGCGCUGCGAUGGCCAGGAGGACUGCCAGGAUGGCAGCGACGAGCACGGCUGCCUGGCCGCCGUGCCCCGGAAGGUCAUCACCGCUGCCCUCAUCGGCAGCCUGGUCUGUGGCCUGCUGCUCGUCAUUGCCCUGGGCUGUGCCUUCAAGCUCUACUCAUUGCGCACACAAGAGUACAGGGCCUUCGAGACCCAGAUGACGCGCCUAGAGGCUGAGUUUGUGCGGCGGGAGGCGCCCCCGUCCUACGGGCAACUCAUUGCACAGGGCCUCAUUCCACCUGUGGAGGACUUUCCCGUCUACAGUGCAUCCCAGGCCUCAGUGCUCCAGAACCUUCGAACGGCCAUGCGGCGACAGAUGCGCCGGCACGCCUCCCGCCGAGGGCCCUCCCGCCGCCGCCUCGGCCGCCUCUGGAACCGGCUCUUUCACCGGCCUCGGGCACCGCGUGGACAGAUCCCGCUGCUGACUGCUGCACGCACUUCACAGACAGUGCUAGGUGAUGGGCUCCUCCAGCCUGCAACAGGGGCUGCCCCGGACCCCCAGGCACCCCUUACAGACACAGGGAGCCCUGGGGCAGCUGGGGAUGGCUCCCCCAGUGCCCCUGGCCACACACCAGAGGUGGGACCUUCCAUGCCGCCCUCCUCGGGCCUGCGGGACCCAGAGUACAGGCCUGUGGACAAGGACAGAAAGGCCUGCAGGGACCCUCUGGUGGACAGCCCAGCCCCUGUGGACAUGCUUCAGGAAGCCUGCUCGGCCCAGGACCCUCACCCCAUGACCCCCACUGCCAGCAACACCCUAGGUCCCCACCCGCCAGAGCCACUGGGUGUCUGCAGGAGUCCCCAACUCCCCUGCUCCCCAACGUUGGAGGCCAGUGACGACGAGGCCCUGCUGGUCUGCUGACCCACCAGACGCGCUGGUGACUGCCACAGCCCCGCUUUGUAACCAGGGAAUACACAGUCAUUUCUACCCUG